AAAACCUUUGUCAGAAAAUAUUGUUCAUAUUGUGGAAAAGAUAAUGGAUAUCACACCAAAACAUGUUCAAACAAUAAUGCCAAUUAUUAUGAAGGAAAAAGAGCAAGAGGACCAACACCUAUGAUUCUUAAAUAUAACAACUUCAAGAACAAUAGAGGAAAAGAAAGACCUCGAUACAAUAAUAAUAAUAGAAACAAUGGUGGAAGAAGACCACAAAACAAUACAAGAAAAUCUUUCACAAGAAGAAGAGUUAACAACUACAAGGAAGAAAAACAACCAGAAAAAGAGAGAUCUCAUGGUCAGCACACAAAUUCUGAUGAAAUCACCCAACCUGAUACCGCAAAUCAGCCAAAAAUACAUUUAACAAAGAGCAAAUCAUAUGCAGCUAGUUACCUUGCUCAAAAAACUAUAAAAGAUAAACUUAAACUUACUACUUAUACCCUAAACAAAACAAGUCAAACCUCUAACAACCAAUUACACGUCAAUAACAAUAUAAUAUUGGAAAAAGCCUUUGAGCCUAACAUAGUAACUAACAAUGUUACUCCACAAUCUAAAAAUGAAACCAUUUUAAGUCCUAUACAAAAAGGCAAUAACAACACUUUAAAGAAGAAGAAAGUAAAACUGCCCUUAGAAAGAAAAUCUAAACAAGAGGAAGUAGAAGAAACCUUAAAUAAGGUACUACCUUCAAAGAAAGGAAAAAAGAAGGAAGAUGAAUUUUCUAAAGAUCAACUACGAAAAAUGGGUCAAAUCAUUAAACAAAAGUUAAAUAGAUUAGAUAAAGCUAUACUUGAUGGAGAAAUAGCCAAAGAUACAAAAAUUGAACAAACAAUUCAAGAUCUCAAUUGGAGAUUAGAGCAAAUAAAUAAAACCUACAGUUAUACUCAAGGCUUAACUGAAGAAGAAAUAGAAGAAUAUCUUGAAUCAAUACAAAAAGUAACAAAAAUUAAAGAUACUGACAAACCUGCAGAAACAAGAAGAGAAUACUUAUAUGAAGUACUAUCAACAUUAAACGAAACAAAUGAUGCAACAAUAUGGAAACAUCGAGAAGAUAUAAAAGAUCUUUAA